AUGUUGUCGAGAAUAAGAACUUUACAAGCAACUCGUCAGAGUGUUAGAUAUGUUGCACAAUUGUCUAACUUAAGUACACCCAAACAGAUUGGCAAUGAGCCUGUUAAGCCAUUUGGUUGUACUGAUACGAAGGAUUGGGAUUUGUUACGUGCUUCUUUAAUGAAAUUUAGAAGCUCUUCUUUGGAAGUUCCACUGGUUAUCAACGGUGAACGUCGCUAUUACAACGAUAAAGAAAAGCGUGGUUUCUUUCAGCAGACAAACCCUGCAAAUCACGAACAGGUACUAGCAAAUGUCACUCAGGCUGGUGUUAAGGACGUCAAGGAUGCCAUACAGGCAGCCAAAGCAGCUAAGAAGAAAUGGAUGGAAAUGCCCUUUUAUGAUAGGGCUGCAGUUUUCUUAAGGGCAGCCGAUUUGGUGUCCACUAAGUACAGAUACGAUAUGUUGGCAGCUACGAUGCUGGGCCAAGGUAAGAACGUUUACCAGGCGGAAAUCGAUUGUAUCACUGAACUGGCAGAUUUCUUCAGAUUCAACGUCAAGUACGCUAACGAAUUAUACUCUCAGCAGCCCAUCGAGUCUACUUCCGGCGUGUGGAAUAAAGCGGAAUAUAGACCUCUUGAAGGAUUCGUCUACGCCGUGACUCCUUUCAAUUUCACUGCGAUAGCUGCUAACUUGAUCGGUGCUCCAGCUCUGAUGGGUAACACUGUGGUAUGGAAACCAUCUCAAACAGCUGCAUUGUCCAACUAUCUUCUUUUGACCGUUCUGGAGGAAGCAGGUCUUCCAAAGGGUGUGGUUAAUUUCAUCCCCGGAAACCCAAUUGAAGUCACUGAGGAAGUAUUGGCUGAUAAGGAGUUCAGCGCAUUGCAUUUCACAGGUUCCACUUCAGUAUUCAAGCAACUAUACGGGAAGAUUCAAGAAGGUGUUGUCAGCAAUGUUUACAGAGAUUACCCAAGAAUUGUUGGUGAGACAGGAGGUAAGAACUUCCACUUAAUCCACCCCUCGGCUAAUCUCCCACACGCGGUGCUAUCUACAAUCAGAGGAGCUUUCGAGUUCCAGGGCCAGAAAUGUUCUGCAACUUCCAGGGUCUACAUUCCCCAAUCCAAGAGCCAGGAGUUCCUGAAGGACAUGGCUGGCACUUUGCAACAGCAGAAUGUCACGCCCGUGAAUACUUCGGCUGGUACUAUCAGUGGUGGAGACCUACACGGAUUCGUGGGCCCCGUGAUUCACGAACAAAGUUUCGACAAGUUAGCUUCUGUCAUCGACCAAGCAAAGAAAGAUCCAGAGCUCGAAAUCGUAUUCGGAGGUAACUACGACAAAUCUCAAGGCUGGUUCAUCACUCCAACGAUCAUCAAAACCACCAAUCCAAACCAUCCAUUCCUCUCCACCGAGUUCUUCGGCCCUAUCCUAACAGUGUACGAGUACCCAGACAUUGAAUUUCCACAAGUAUGCAAACUAAUCGAUUCCACCAGUGUCUACGGCCUCACAGGCUCCGUCUUCGCCAAGGACCGUGAAGCGAUCAACCAGGCCAGCGAAGCACUCAGAUACAGUGCCGGUAACUUUUACAUCAACGACAAGUGUACAGGAGCCGUUGUGGCCCAACAGUGGUUUGGUGGUGCAAGAAUGAGCGGUACAAACGACAAAGCCGGCAGUGGUAACAUCCUGAACCGGUUCGUCAGCAUCCGCAACGUCAAGGAGAAUUUCUACGAGAUCACAGAUUUUAAAUAUCCAUCUAACUACGAGUAA